GGAACGCAUGGAACAGCGGGCCGAGUUUAUAAACGCCGAAGAGUCGUUGUUCCAGUUCCCAUUGACGCAAUAUCCACGCAUCCAGGAACUGAGAGAGAACAUCCUGCCGUUUUACAGUCUCAUCUACCGAGGCUAUCAGUGGCAAAGGGAUCGCGGGGUCUGGCUGGACGGUCCUUUCGAAUACCUCGAUGUGCAGCAUGUCGAGAACAAGAUCAAUCAGUAUUUGAUUGAUUUCGGCAAAAGCUACAAGCUAUUUAAGACGCGAAUUAAGCUGCAGAUCGCGACAAAUUAUCCGCACAGUUUUGUAGGACUGGUAGAUGAUCCCGAUCCUUUACAGCAACCGUCGCCUCAGAAACUGUGCCAUCAGCUGAUAGAAGACGGAAAGUGGCUGAAACAAUACAUUCCGUUGUUAGCCAUCUUUCGCAACCCGGCGAUGCGACAGUUGCACUGGGAUGAUAUGUCAGCAAUUGCGAGAUUCGAUUUAACACCAGACGCCGGCACAAGCUUGAGAAAAAUAAUCAAUAUGAACCUGAUGGAAGAUUUGGAGAAAUACGAGAUAAUCAGCAGCAGCGCGACAAAGGAGCUGGCGCUUGAGGAAUCGCUCGCGAGGAUGAAGAGUGAGUGGGACGACUUUUUCUUCAGCAUCAUGCUGUACAAGGACACCCAAGUGCCAAUCUUAACGCAUCUUGAAGACGUGCUAACGCUGCUCGAAGAACAUAUAGUCAAGAUACAGAUGAUGCGAGGCUCGGCUUUUGUAAAACUCAUCGAGGAAGACGUCAAGUCGUUCUACGCGUUGCUUCUGCGCAUGCAAUCGACAAUCGACGAGUGGACGAAGGUGCAGAUACAAUGGAUAUAUCUGCUGCCGAUCUUCUCGAGCAAAGAUAUUGUAGCGCAGCUGCCCGAGGAAGAAGAGUUGUUCUUCGAGGUCGACGCGAUAUUUCGCAAAGCGAUGCAGUGCGUUAAGAGAGACCCCAGAGUUCGCGAGACUGCCGGUGUCAUUGGUCUAUUGGAAAGUAUGCUAGAGGCAAACGUGUCAAUGGAAAGGGUCAACAACGGCGUAUUGGAUUAUCUCGAAAAGAAACGACUGUUCUUCCCGCGAUUCUUCUUUCUGAGCAACGACGACAUGCUUGAAAUUCUUUCCGAGACUAAGGAGCCGCUUCGUGUUCAGCCACACUUGAAAAAGUGUUUUGAGGGAAUCAAUCGGCUGGGUUUCGACGAAGAUCUGGAAAUUUAUUGCAUGUUCAGCGACGAUAAGGAGGAAGUGCCGAUGCAGGAAGUUAUCUCGACAGCUGCGGCGCGCGGAUGCGUCGAGCGAUGGCUCUUUCAAGUUGAAAAGCAGAUGGUGGCAUCGAUGAAAGAGGAGAUCUAUUUGAGCUACUUGGAGUACGAGAAGAAGGAACGAGUGGAGUGGGUUCUUUUAUGGCCCGGCAUGGUCAUCCUGUGUGUCGCGCAGAUUUACUGGAGCCUCGACGUGCAGAGCUGCCUGGUCGGUCGUACAACCUACGCGAUGGAGGCACUCUACGAAAAGCUGAGGAGCCAGAUCCAGAAGCUGGUCAAUCUGGUGAGAGGGCAACUCUCCAAGCAAAAUCGAACGACGUUGAACGCUCUGAUCACCAUCGACGUUCAUGCGAUGGACGUUGUCAAAUCCCUCAUCGAGAAACAGAUCGUCAACGAGAUGGACUUUGAGUGGCUGUCGCAACUUCGUUAUUACUGGGAGGACGACGUCUAUGUUAGAAUCAUCUAUUCGACGGUUAGGUACGCGUACGAGUACCUCGGCAAUUGCCCGCGUCUCGUCAUCACCCCGUUGACCGACAGAUGUUACCGCACGUUGAUCGGUGCGUACUCGCUGCAUUUGAAUGGCGCACCCGAAGGUCCAGCUGGCACCGGCAAGACCGAAACGACGAAGGAUCUAAGCCGAGCAAUCGCCGUUCAAUGCGUGGUCUUCAAUUGCUCGGAGGGCCUCGACUACAAGAAUAUGGGCAAGUUUUUCAAGGGCCUGGCAAGCUGUGGCGCGUGGUCUUGCUUCGACGAGUUCAAUCGCAUCGAGCUGGAGGUCCUGUCGGUUGUGGCGCAACAAAUCUUGUGCAUAGUGCAGGCGGUACGCGCCAAUCUGGAGGCAUUCGUCUUCGAAGGCACCGAGUUGCAACUGAAUCCGGCGGUUUAUGUAUGCAUCACUAUGAACCCGGGUUAUGCCGGUCGAUCAGAGCUACCGGACAACCUGAAGGUCCUAUUCCGCACAGUUGCCAUGAUGGUGCCGGAUUACGCGAUGAUCGCCGAGAUCUUUCUGUAUUCGUCAGGCUUCGGCACCGGUCGCGAUCUCUCCACGAAGAUCGUCACUACAUAUAAGCUGUGCUCAGAGCAAUUGUCUUCGCAAUCACAUUACGACUACGGUAUGCGCGCAGUCAAGACUGUACUGUCGGCGGCGCAGAAUCUCAAGCUCAAGCACCCUAAGGACGACGAGGCGAUGCUGCUGCUGCGCUCUCUGAUCGACGUGAACCUGCCCAAGUUCCUCGUCCGCGACGUGCCACUCUUCCAAGGCAUCAUAUCCGAUCUGUUUCCGGGACUCUCGGUGCCUUCGCCGAAUUACGACGUACUGCUCGCCGCGGUGAACGACGUCGCCCGCAAGCGGAACCUCCGUACGGUUAGCGUAUUUCUAUUGAAGAUCGUGCAGACCUACGAAAUGAUGAUGGUGCGCCACGGCUUCAUGCUAGUUGGCGAGCCGUUCGGCGGCAAGACCUCCGUGUUGCACACCUUGGCGGACGCGCUUACGCUUAUGCAUGAACACGGUGACGAGAACGGCACAAUCACCAGCUACUUCGUGCUGAAUCCCAAGGCCAUCACGCUGGGUCAGCUGUACGGCUAUUUCGACCCGGUGUCGUCCGAAUGGAGCGACGGGAUAUGCGCGCACGUGUUCCGCCGUUUCUCCAGCGAGGAUACGCCCGACCGCAAGUGGCUCAUCUUCGACGGGCCGGUGGACGCCGUAUGGAUCGAGAGCUUAAAUACAGUGCUCGAUGACAACCGCAAGCUUUGCCUUACGUCCGGCGAGGUGAUGCGCAUGAGCGACACCAUGUCCAUGAUUUUCGAGACAAUGGACCUGGUUCACGCGUCCCCCGCCACGGUCUCCCGCUGUGGUAUGAUCUACUUGGAGCCGCACGCUCUCGGCUGGGAGCCUUUUCUCGAGUCCUGGAUCAUCAGUUUGAAUCCUGAGUGGGCGACCGACACCACAAUGAUCAACGAGCUUUUUCGCUGGCUGAUGAAACCAUGCCUGGAGUUCAUCCGUAAAGAAUGCCGAGUGACCGUGAACGCCGGCGAGAUCCACCGAGCGGUAUCGACCAUGUCGUUUUUUGAAUUACUCAUCGAAGACGCCGUAGAGGAGAGUGCCGGUGCGUUCGAGCAGCAUUUCCGAGUCUGGUUCCAAGCGGCCAUGAUCGUCUCCAUGGUGUGGGGCGCGGCUGGCACGUUGGAUCGGGAGUCGCGAAGCAAAUUUGACGCGUUCUAUCUGAGCCUCUGGAAAAACGAGAACCCGGCGUUUCCUGUGCCCAUGUGUGUGACCGCUGAUCAAAUAUCCCUGCCGGGUGAGGAUCCGAUCCAUGAUCAAUACUACAGCUUUCGCGGCAGGGGUGCGUGGCGACGGUAUUCCGAAGCCGCCAAGGCGCAGCAAUUCUUAGAGACCGAGAGCAUUUCGCGCACCAUCAUACCUACGAUUGACACGAUGAAAUACCAAAGCGUGAUGGCGAUGCACAUCAAGCAUCACCGGUGCUUUCUGCUCUACGGCGAUACCGGUACCGGCAAGAGCAUCUACAUAAAAGACAUGCUGACCAACAAGCUAGACGAGAAGAAAUACUUGCCGAACUUGAUUACGUUCGCGCCGAGAAUCACCGCGGCGCAGACACAGGAGCUGGUGUUGGCGAAGCUGCACAAGCGACGAGGAGGGGCUCAGUUUGGCCCUCCGAUCGGAAUUCACUGCGUCGUCUUCGUGGACGAGGUGAACGCGCCGACUAAGGAGAUAUACGGCGCGCAACCGCCGAUCGAGUUGCUGCGUCAGUUCCUGGAUCACGGGGUUUGGUUCGACCAGAAGAAGCCGGAUCCCAUCACCGUGUUGGACACGAUGUUCGUGUGCGCGAUGGCGCCGCCUGGCGGUAGGAGGCACGAGAUUUACACGCGUUUCCUGCGUCAUUUCAACAUGUUCACCAUAUGCGAUUUCACGCGCGAGACUCUCUUCCGCAUCUUUACGAAUCUGGCGUUCGUGGGGCUGAGGCAAAACGGCUUCACCGCUGGUGUUCUACCGACUAUCAAUGACAUAGUGAAUGUCACAAUGCGCGUCUACUACAAUGCGAUAGAGCAUCUACGACCGACGCCGCUCAAGCCGCAUUACCUCUUCAACCUGCGCGACUUUGCACGCGUCAUCACCGGCUGCGCCUUGCUGAAGAAGGAAUCCGCAGAUACCGGUAAAAGCGUUUUUUACAAACUGUGGAUACAUGAGGUGCUGAGGGUGUUCGGUGAUCGACUGAUCGACCAGCCGGAUCGACGCUGGUUGUGCCAACAGAUCAAGCUAAUUGUGGAGAGUAUCCUGAAGGAACGCUUCGACACCUUGCUCGGACAUUUACCCAAGUACGAAGACCAGAUCACAGAAGAGAGUCUCAACGACUUGAUUUUCGUCAAUUUCAUGGAGCCGGAGGCGGCGAUGGAAGAUCGAGUUUACGAGGAAAUACCCUCGCUGGAAGAGUAUCAACAAGUGGGCCUCGUAUUUCUGCAAGAGUACAAUGACACUCACCACGAUAAAAUCGACAUCACGCUGUUCCGCUACGCGCUCCAGCAUCUCGCGAGAAUCUGCCGCGUACUGGCCAUCCCGUGCGGCAAUCUACUGAUGGUUGGCACUGGCGGAUCAGGUAGACAGAGUUUGACGAGGCUUUCUUCCGCCAUAGCCGGCUACGGUCUCCGUCAGCCGGAGAUCACCGGCACGUACGGCAUGCAGGAAUGGCGAGAGGACGUCAAGUGGGUGCUGAAGAACUCCGGCGGGGUCGGGAAAGACUUUGUGUUUCUGCUAGCUGAGGAGCAGAUCCGCGAUGACGCGUUUCUCGAUGACGUGGAUAGUCUGCUGAACGACGGCGAGGUGCCGAACAUCUUCAACAUCGAGGAGCGGCAAGAGAUCAUCGAGAUGACGCGACUCGCAGCGCAAGGCGGCGACCGCAACCUCGACAUUUCCGUGUUGAACGUGCUGGCGUUCUUCGUCGGCCGUUGCCGUGAGAAGCUGCACAUCAUGCUGUGCCUCAGCCCAAUCGGCGAUGCUUUCCGGAUCCGCCUGCGGAUGCAUCCCGGUUUGGUGAAUUGUUGCACCAUCGACUGGUUCGAUGUAUGGCCCGAGGACGCGCUCGAACAGGUGGCACGACGCACCCUCGUCGACCUUGAGCUCGCCGAGAAUGUUAAAGACGAGUCGGUGGUGGCUUGCAAGUUCUUCCACAGUUGCACGAAAGAUGUGAGUGCUAGAUUCUAUGAGCUCACCGGCAAGAAGACCUACGUCACCACUGCUUCAUUCCUCGAUCUUAUGCGGAUGUUUGCCGACUUAACGACCACGAAAAGACGAGACAUCGCCCAAACAAGAGAGCGAUACAUUAACGGUCUGGAUAAGCUUGAAUUUGCGGCCGAGCAGAUUGCUCAGAUGCGGAUUACUCUGACGGAAUUAAGGCCACAACUCGAGGCGUCGGCUAAGGAAACAGCGGAAACGAUGCGACAGAUCGAGAAGGAGGAUGCGAGUGUAAAGAAAGCGACGACCUUGGUGAAGAAGGAUGAAAAUGUGGCUAACGUGCAAGCCGAGAUUGCUAUGCAGCUGAAGAAAGAGUGCGAGGCCGACCUGGCCGAAGCUCUACCCGCUUUGAACGAGGCCACAGCCGCGCUCGACACGUUGAAGCCGGCGGAUAUCGCCGUGGUGAAGACCAUGAAAAGCCCACCGGAAGUCAUUAAACUAGUCAUGGCUGCUGUGUGCGUGAUGCUGAAUGUACCGCCAGUCAAGAAGGAAGAUCCAGCCACCGGUGUUAAGAUUCUCGACUAUUGGACGCCCAGCAAACGUAUACUCGGCGAUAUAAAGUUUCUCGACAGUCUGAAGCUGUACGAUAAGGAUAACAUCCCGGACUCCAUAAUACAGGAAAUUAAGAAAACGUACAUGACGGACAAGAACUUUGAUCCGAAAGUAGUAGCUCGAGCCUCUUCAGCCGCCGAGGGUCUCUGCAAGUGGGUGCGUGCGAUGGUUUUGUACGAUGACGUGGCGAAAGUAGUUGCGCCGAAAAAGACCAAGCUCGCCAUCUCGGAACGGGACCUGAAAAACACUCUUGCGUUUUUGAAAGAGAAGCAGGAGACGUUGGUCGAGUUGAACAAGAAAUUGGAGGUGUUGCGCGAGAAAUUGCGAGAGACAUUGGCACGGAAGAUACGUUUGGAGGACGAGGUAACCAGCUGCAGAAACAAGCUGAUCCGCGCGGAAAAGCUCAUCAGCGGCUUGGGAGGAGAGAGAGACCGCUGGGUCGCAGCUGCCGAGAACUUGUGGGUGGCCUAUGAGGCGCUACCUGGCGAUAUUCUGAUAUCCUGUGGAGUUAUCGCUUAUCUAGGACCUUACACGGCCAAUUUUCGCGCCGAGAGCCUUGAGAAGUGGACGAAAUAUGUGGCGAAAUCUGUGAUACCUUGCUCAAAGGAGUACAAUUUUGUCGCAAUUUUAGGCACAGAGGUGAAGAUCAACUCGUGGAACAUGUUCGGUCUGCCCCGUGACUCCUUCUCGAUCGAGAACGCCAUAAUAAUGGACAAUUCGAAGCGUUGGAGCCUAUUUGUCGAUCCGCAAGGUCAGACGAAUAAAUGGAUCCGUAACAUGGAGAAAGUGAACGACCUUCAGAUCGUCAAGCAGACCGAUCGUGAUUACAUGAAUGUCAUUGAGCGCUCGAUCGAACACGGUAAGCCAGUGCUAAUCGAGAAUAUUAUGGAAGAAGUGGACGCCGCUCUGGACCCGAUACUGACUCGGAGGAUACACAAGUCCGGCGCUUUCUGGUACAUCACCCUCGGCGAGAAAAACAUUGAUUACAAUCCACGCUUUCGUUUGUACAUGACGACCAAGCUGCGCAAUCCGCACUACUCGCCAGAAGUAUUCAACAAGGUGACGUUGAUUAGCAGUGCCUUGACAUUAGAGGCGCUAGACGAUCAACUUCUGGGCAUAGUAGUCGCGAAGGAGCGACCGGACCUGCAAGAAAAACGCGAGUACUUGAUCGUACAGAACGCCUUGAAUGUGAAAGCCCUGAAGGAGGUAGAAGACAACAUCCUGAGAAUAUUGUCGGUCGCUGGUGCCAACAUUCUCGAGGACGAAGAAGCCAUCGAGAUCUUAAACUCGUCCAAGAAUCUGUCGAGCGACAUUGAGAAGAAACAGGCGGCAGCGAAGAAGACGGCGAUGCAAAUCGACGUAUUCCGUCAGAGUUACCGGCCGAUCGCCAGGUACAGCGCGGCGCUUUAUUACACCAUCACGGAUUUGCCCAACAUCGAUCCGAUGUACCAGUACUCGCUGACAUGGUUCAUCAACCUAUACAUCGGCUCGAUCGAGACCGCCAGCAAGAGCAAGGAUCUUGAGCGGCGACUCGGUUUUCUGCGCAGCACGUUCACCUAUAACCUCUAUCAAAAUGUAUGCAGGUCGCUGUUCGAGAAGGACAAGAUCCUAUACUCGUUCAUUUUAUACACGACGAUUCUGUUGGCGUCGGACGAAAUCACUGAAGAGGAAAUGUCGUUUUUCAUUACUGGCGGUUUCGCUGUGGGCGAGCCGACCGUGAAAAAUCCCGCCACCGACUGGCUCCCCGAAAAAUCCUGGGACGAGAUAUCGAGGCUUACCAGCGCUUCGCCGGUCUUCGCCGAUUUCAUACGAAGUUUCCAAGACGAUCUACCAGCAUGGAAGAACUUCUACGAUCUUUUGGAUCCAGUGGGCGCGUCUCUGCCGCAACCCUGGGAGACCAAACUGACGCCUUUCCAGAAGUUGAUCAUUGCAAGAGUGAUAAGGCCUGAUAUCGUGCCGAUAAAGAUCCAGCGCUUCGUGGAGGUCGGGAUGGGUUUGAACUUCGUGGUACCUCCGCCCUUCGACAUCGCCAAGUCAUACGCUGAAUCGAACUGUUUGACGCCUCUAGUCUUCAUCUUGUCGGCCGGAUCCGAUCCUAUGGGCGCGCUGACGAAAUUCGCGGAGAAUAUGAACUACAUGAAUCGCUUCGAAUCGAUCUCGUUGGGUCAGGGUCAAGGAUCUAUUGCGCAGAGGAUGAUCGAGCGAGCGCAGGCCGGUGGUUUCUGGGUCUGCUUGCAGAAUUGUCAUUUGGCUGCUUCCUGGAUGCCCGUCCUGGAGAAGAUUUACGAAAGUCUCGAUCACGCCAACACGGAGCAAAACUUUCGUCUAUGGUUAACCAGUUAUCCGUCGGAUAAGUUCCCCGUUAGUGUUUUGCAAAACGGCAUCAAGAUGACUAACGAACCGCCGAUGGGUCUACAAAAUAACCUCAUGAGGUCAUUCACGGCGGAAAGCACAAGAGAGACGGAAGCUUUGGAGAAAGAUCUGAAGAAAAAGAAGACGUUCCUCAGACUGCUGUACUCAUUGUGCUUCUUUCACGCGGUAAUUCAAGAGCGACGGAAUUACGGGCCUCAAGGCUGGAACAUUCGAUACGACUUCAACGAGUCCGAUUUGCAAAUUUCCUCAAUGCAACUGGAGCUGUGCAUCGCGAAUUACGAAGAAGUACCCUUCGACGCGAUCAUAUAUCUCACCGGCGAAUGUAAUUACGGCGGUAGAGUGACGGAUGACCGAGAUCGCAGAUGUCUGAACACCAUUCUCAAGGACUUUUACAAUCUGGACGUGAUCGACAACCCGAGCUAUUCGUUCGCCGACGUCGGUUACGAAUACACCGUGCCGAAAAGGCACACCUAUGAGGAUUACGUGAAGCAGAUACAGUCGAUCCCGCUGAAUCCAUCACCGGAGGUGUUCGGUCUCCAUGUGAACGCCGGCAUAACUCGUAAUCUGCAGCUCGCGACCGGUUUGUUCGACUCCAUGGCGCGAAUACGAGGUGCAGUGGUCACGGGUGACGCCACGAAGCAGGACGAGAUCUUACUGAAUAUGAAACGAGACAUUUACGAGAGAAUGCCGGAUCUGUUCGACAUCGAGGAGGCGCAGCAGCGCUACCCGAUCGAAUAUGUGGAGUCAAUGAACACGGUGUUGGUACAGGAAUUAGAGAGAUAUAAUGAUCUCUUAACGGAGAUCCGGAGCAGUCUGUCGAUGUUGGAAAAAGCAGUGAAAGGAUUGAUAGUAAUGACACCAUCGUUGGAGGAAUUGGCAAGCAGCAUGCUCAUCGCAAAAAUUCCACCGAGUUGGGCGAGAGCGAGUGCUUACCCGAGUUUAAAACGGCUGCCGAGUUUUAUAGAUGAUUUCUUGAAGCGACUUGACUUCAUGCAACAAUGGCUGGAUCAUGGAAAACCGGAGACGUUCUGGAUAUCCGGAUUCUCGUUUUCACAUGCUUUUUUAACGGCGAUUACGCAGAAUUACGCUAGGAAGUACAAGAUACCGAUCGACAAGAUCACUUUUGACUAUAAAACGCUCCCGACGUAUCAGUCCAGCGUGUCUCCUGUCGACGGGGCGUACGUUUACGGAAUGUUCCUGGCCGGAGCACGUUGGGAUAUACCGUCAAUGUUGUUGGCUGAGAGUUACCCGAAAAUACUGUGGGAUCUGAUGCCGAUCGUAUGGUUCAAACCGUGCGAAAUAACGUCUCUUCACGUCGGCGACCGAUACGAGUGUCCAUUAUAUAUCACGUCAGCGCGUUUCGGCGUACUAAAGACUACGGGUCAUUCCUCGAAUUACGUGCUAUCGAUAUUUCUGGACACAGAUCGUCCUGUGAGCCAUUGGAUUAAGAGAGGAUUAGCUUUGUUGUGUCAGUUAGACGAUUGAUUUAACGUUAACACAUUUAACAUGCCAUUGGCUGAACGUUGUAACAAUUAUCUUUCUACGUCGUUCGAGAUAUUGUAUUA